CUCCUUAUUCAUCUACAACUUUUACUCUCCAGAUCCUCUGUACAGGCAUACUGAACAUGUUCUUAAAGCCUCAUUUCCAUUUCAAUAAGACUUGAGAGUAUGAAAAAAAAAAAAAAAAAGAUCGCAAUGGCCUUUUUGUUUUGGAUAAAACGCAAUCCGGUUUCUAUUUCAUGGUGACUUGUCAAAGUGGAUUUAUUUGCUAUAGUGUAAGUGACCAUGGCUGCAGGGAAUUCCAACCCGGGCUGGAGUGUUCCUGAGAGUUCAGCCAGGUCCAGGUCUCCUUCUGGGCAGAAUAACGUGCAGGAUGGGGAACACCACGGAUACAGCGCUUUGAGUUUAUCUGUCGACUCAGGAACGUCCUCCGCUGACUUUUCCCAGCUGCACUCCGACACUGAAAACAUCAGACUUGGCGACAGGUUUUUAUGCGACCACCUUGACAUGAAUGGCUUUUCAGAAGAAGAGCUUCUGAACAUUACAUUUGAGGCAUGCGAUGCUGCGGGACAAGGAGAAGUCCUGGCCUCCACUGUGGUGCAGUUUCUACAAGCCAUGACGGGCCAAAGCGGUGGACAGGACAAGCUGAUCGUCCUGAAGCACAUGUUGGACCCAGAAGACCGAGACCCACCUGUGGACAGAGACGCCUUUCACGCCACCAUGAGGAAGUGGAUCGCUCGGUGCAGCCAAGACGGAUUAUUUGACGACAGUUACCAGGCGUCAGGAUCAGACUCUUGCAAAGUGACCGGAAGUGGAACUGACUUUUCUCCUUCGCCACCUGAAACUACAUUUACAGACCAAAGUGAAUAUCACUGUGACGCAGGUGAUUUGUUAGGCCUGGUGGCGGAGCUGAAGCACGCCCAGUGCAGACUGAGAGGACACAACAGCAGUCUGCUGAGGAGCAUCUCUCAGUGCGAGGAAACCAACCUUCAGCUGAUGAUGGAUGUUUCAGAGCUUCGCAGCAAACUAGCAAGUGCCCAGCUGUGUGCAGGAAGAGCUCAGUCCCUGGCUGAGGAGCUGGAUGAAGCCCGGCGAGCGCUAAGAGAAAGCCAAGAGAGAAGCACUCGAGCCCAGGCUAACAGCCGUUCACUGGUCUGUGACUCCCCAGUCCAACAAACCAUUAAAAUGUCUAGAACGUUUAUGAAAGAAAUUGAACACCUGAAGGCUCAUAUCAAAGUCAUCGAAGAAAGGAAUGAUAAACUGUUGCUGGAGAGAAACGUUGCAGAAGAUCGGCAGAACAAACUCAGAAGGGCAAACGCAGACGUCAGGGAAGAACUGGAGGAACUGCAGGUCUUAUUGGCGGUGAAAGAACGGGAAAUCACCAAGAAGAACAUCACGCUGCAGAAGCUGAAGGAGACGUUUCUGGACUACCUUAGAAUCAUAGACAGUCUCCAGUGUGAUCUGGUGAAAUUACAGGAGAACUCCCAGCAAGCACUUCUGAGGUUUGAUAAUUCUUCAUCAAGUCUGAAAAGUGCCGCGGCCCCAAACCAUUUCUCCCUACACCGCGAGAUCCAGGAGGCUGAGCCGAUGAUGCAUGUCGAGGAUAAGAGCGAUUCGGUGUCUGAGUCUGAGCUUCAGCCUCCGUCAUCUCCGCAGAGAGACCUGUACAAUUUCAUCCGCAAAAUCAAGUCUGCAGAACUGCGGGACACGUACACGGCUGAAUCAUUACAGAAAGCGAUCCUACAGGAGCAGCAAGAGCAGACCAGCUCGAAGAAACACUUACUGACCAUUCUGAGAGAACUUGAGAGGCCGCGGCCUGCGUGGGAUCAGCAGCCAGAGCACAGGCAGAUCGAAACGCACCAGCAGACGCAGGAAGUGCGUAAAGUUCCACCCAUCACCUGGCGGAGAGCUCCGAGGGUGGAGGACGAGAGGAGCUGGAACACCAGAGACGUCCGGGACACCACCAGGGACAUGCAGGAGAGGAUCAGCGUUCUGGAGAUCCAGCUGAAUGACGCAUUGAUGGAGGUGACCGAGAGGAAAUUCACGUCAUUAGUUUACGUUACUUUUAUUAGAUUACUUACUUUGUUUAUGUCCUGA